AUGACUUCUUAUGGACUUAGAGAGCUAUAUAAUGUUGUCUGGUUUCUCAUAAUGUGUUUGGUUUCUAUAUCAUACAGUUCUGAGAUUCCUUCAAUUGAUGAUUGGAUUAGAGCGUUUUCUCCUGCAAACUUUAGGUCAAAUUCACAAUCUCAAAGUUUCUCUCUUCAAAUUGUUUGUUAUGCAUCAGCUGUGCCUUACAUGAUUGCAAGUGGGAACCAUGAGCGCGACUGGCCGGGGUCAGGAUCCUUUUAUGGGAACAUGGAUUCUGUAGGAGAAUGUGGUGUGUUGGCAGAGACUAUGUUCUAUGUCCCUGCUUCAAAUAGGGCUAAAUUCUGGUAUCCGAUCGACUAUGGCAUGUUCCGCUUCUGUGUUGCUGACACUGAACAUGAUUGGAGGGAAGGAACCGAACAAUACAAGUUCAUUGAGCAUUGUUUGGUGUCGGUUGACCGACAAAAACAACCAUGGCUAAUCUUCCUUGCACAUCGGCUACUUGGUUACUCUUCUUGUAUCUGUUAUGUAGAAGAGGGAUCAUUUGCUGAACCAAUGGGCAGAGAAAGCCUUCAAAAGCUGUGGCAGAAAUACACGGUGGACAUUGCCAUUUAUGGUCAUGCGCACAAUUAUGAGAGGACAUGUCCCAUAUACCAGAAUAUCUGCACUAGUGAGGAGAAACACAACUACAAAGGAACUUUAAAUGGGACCAUACAUAUUGUUGCUGGUGGUGGUGGAGCAAGCCUUUCAACAUUUACUUCUCUCAAAACUAAAUGGAGCAUCUUUAGAGACUAUGAUUACGGAUUCGUAAAACUAACUGCAUUUGAUCAUUCAAAUUUGCAGUUUGAGUACAAGAAGAGCAGAGAUGGGAAGGUUUAUGAUUCAUUCAAAAUAUCACGGGAUUAUAGAGACAUCUUGGCCUGCACCAUGGAUAGUUGUCCAAGUACAACGAUGGCAUCCUGA